AUGGCAGUCAGCAUCCCUUCCAUCACUGAAGAUGUGGCGCGGGAGCGUUUUAUAAUGUACGCGUCUGGUUACUGCUGCUAUAACAAUGCCCCCGCCAAGGAUGGAGUGAUCACUAACAUGCAGGCGUUCAACACCUAUCGGUACCGUUUGGAGACAUUCACAGAGUCUAGAUCUACAGAGUGGGCCACCAAGCCUUAUGAAGGUGAACCAGCAGACUUCUACACGCAGACUGCCCCCCGGCCGUGGGAAAUCCCAGUGACAGGUCCCUCCCUGUUCCAAAACCACGAGGAGAACAUAAAAGUCCCUUACACAUCAUCUAACAAGCCCUGCCACACUUGUAGUGCCUCUGGAAAGAUGCCCUGCCAUGAGUGCAAUGGGUCUGGAACGAAAGCUUGUUGGGUCUGCAACGGAUCUGGCAGACGGGGAGGAGAUAGUCCCUGCAGCCAAUGCAAUGAAAGAGGAAAGGAGAACUGCUCUAAAUGUCAUGGUAACGGGACUAAAGAAUGUGAGACCUGCAAGGGCAAGCGGCAACUGUUGACCUACAUCAACCUUAAAGUCGAGUGGAAGAAUAAUGUUGAAGACUAUGUUGUGGAGCAGAACAGUGGGCUGGAGGUUAACAAUCUGAGCGAUGUGACGGGAAAGACACUCUUCAAAAACGCCCAGUACAUGCUGUAUCCAGUGUAUGGCUUCCCAGAUCCGUCUUUAUCCCAGGCUUCAGACCGUUUGGUUAGAGAACACCAGGCUAAAUACUCCCAGAACUCUCGCAUCCUUCAACAGCAACAAACCAUCGAGUUGAUUCCCAUCACCAAGGUGACCUACAAGUGGAAGGGAGGCAUCCAUGUUUACUAUAUCUAUGGGAACGAACACCAGGUCAAAGUUCCUGACUACCCUGCCACCUGCUGCUGCUCUAUCAUGUAACCAGUCAAGCCAGCCAGCCAGCCAGCCAGCCACUUAACCAUACCCCUUUUGGUGGAUGCGUCACCAGGCCAACCCAAUACAGCCUUGACUCGACUUAGUUCAGCUCAGUAUGAAAAAAGGUUGUGUUUAUCAGUUAGCUAGCUAGUUAGUUAGUUAGCUAGUUAGUUAGGUAGGUAUUGUAGGUAGUUCUUUAGGGCCUUUUACCCUCUCAGGUGUUUAGGGCUAAGUGUAUUCUGAUCAGUAUACUUCAUGUUGUUGUUUAUUUUUAUAAUAAUUAAUGCAGCCCUGGAAUUUCAGGAAUUUGUUUUUUGUUUCAACUUUCAAUUUUUCACAAGUAAAUUACUUUAUGCAAAUAUCUUUUUUUUAUUGUUCAGAAAUGUGGUGGGUACUCUCUUCGUUCGCUGGACUUUAUCCUGCUAACUGUUCCAAAUGUCCGAACUGAAUUUGAUAAAAGGUAUUUUAUGUACACUGCGCCAUCGUCUUGGAACACCUUAUAAAAUAAUUUUAAACUGGAAGAACUUGUCCCGAUUGGUGUUUUUUAAAUCACUGAUGAAGGAUUUUGAGGCUGAU